UGCGCAGACCCGGUACCGGCUCUGUGGGCACGAGCUGAGCAUCACGCAGUACCACGGGGCGCGGCUGGGGGUGGCUGCUCCGGUCUGGGAGGCGGUGAGCGCAAGUCCCGACCUGGGACGGCCGAGAUUUGUUAAGCCCGUAACUAGGACUGCUGGUUCAAGCGGAUCGUAUACGCAUCUAUGAGUAAUUGGCAGAAAGAACCAAGAAAGUCUGGACGGUUUAAAGUCUAACCGUCUUAUAGUCAUUCCCAGGAAUGACUAUAAACACCACUAACGCCUUAAGGAUCAAGAAACAUUACGAAUAAGCUUUCGUGCACCCAUUUCAUUAAAUGCAUGGAGUGGUCUGGAAUCAAAGGGGGCAAUGGGGACUUGGCACCCUUACAUGCACACAUUGAGCACCUUUUGGCGCCUCCUUUCCUGAGUUGGCUUAGCUUUGAACCUGGAUUGUUGCAUAGCACUAAUACGUGGUGCAAAGGAAACUCACUACAAAAACAAGGAAUGAACAUAAUUGUACCAGUUUCAUUAAGGCUGCUUAAUAUACUUCGGUAUUUCAUUUGCCUCAUUUCUCAGUGGAUAUCCAGAUCGGUGCCCUGGCUUUAUUUAUAUCUGCAAUAUAAGACGUGCUCAGUAUGUGAUGAUCUAGAACAAUUUGAUACAUUUUGCACAAGUAUUUUCAUAACACUAUUUAUAUUAUGUGAUAGAGGCUUAAAAAUGAAACCGAAGAAAACUUAAGUCAAAAUGCUAAAAUACCAUCUGAAAAAUCAGCACAGUGCCAGUAUGAUGAAUAGUAUAAAGACAAUCCCUGCUAUCAAGUGUCUUAACUUUUUUGUCUCUAUGUAUUUAUAUCUUAAUUUGCAUCUCUGCCUCCACCUGAACAACCAUAUUAAUAUCCUUAAAGUCCAAGGAUAAAGGGGAAAUAGAGGAUGCGUCAUAGGUGUUUGCAGGGGGAGCACAAUGGAGGGAGGGGCGGAAAAGUGUAGUGAUGUCAUGACACAAACCCAGUGAGUUACAUACUUGGAUCUAAUAAUGUCAAGAUGCAAGGACACAAGAGUGGCAUUUACACCAUGGCAUCAACUCGUGCAUGCUGCCAUUUCUUCAUUAUCAUGGUUACCUGCAGACAACAGUGGGAUACAUAGGGGCUCUCACUCUCUGUGAAUAUUUUGAAGCAAAGAAGGUGAACUUCCAGGGCAAGAAAGUUAUAGAGCUGGGUGCUGGGACAGGUGUUGUGGGCAUCCUCGCAUCACUUCUUGGAGGUAAUGUGACCAUCACAGAUCUUCCUGUAGCCUUGAAGCAGAUAGAGGAGAAUGUCCAUCGGAAUUUGCCUGUACAAUGCAUGGCACGAACCAGGGUUUGUGCUCUAUCAUGGGGUCUGGACCACAAGGACUUUCCUCAAAACUAUGACCUCAUCCUGGGUGCAGAUAUUGUCUAUCUCAAAGAUACUUACCCGCUCUUGAUCAGGACUCUGCAGCAUUUAUGUGGUGCUCAAUCUACUAUCUAUCUGUCUUCAAAAAUGAGAGAGGAACAUAGUACAGUGCUGUUUUUUGAGACUCUGCUCCCUGUGCACUUCACCACAAAACUCGCCUUUAGGAAUGAGGCUGAAAAUAUUAACAUCUACAAAGUGACCAGCAAGGAUAACAUUGGUUAAUGACUGUCUUUCUUUGGU